AUGGUCAAUGAGACUGAAUGCGACUCCGAAACGGAUUCUCCAAUUCAUCCACAACAGCCAUCGCCAACCUUGGUCCUAGCUGACGCUUUACCAGCAGCAAAGCAUUCUAAAACAUCUUGUCAUCCAGUCCCCUCUUCCGCUUUUGCAAAACUCCCGACUCUUACUCGCUCCUUCUCGUCCUCUCUAACCACUUCUAUUACUACCUCUAUGCCUCGAUCGACAUCUGACACUCUCCCGAUUUCUUAUCCAAAUUUUGAGCGAGCUGCUUUGCCUUCUCAUCGCUCUUACAUAGCUUCUACUUCAAUUUCUCUCGGAAACGGCACAAGUUGCGGAGGUAGCUCUCAACCCACCUCUGUUGCAGAAUCUUGUACUCCUUUAGUUCAUGGCGAUCAACAUAGUCUUGCGAAUUUGCGAAAGCAGAACACGUUGCGGACGUCCAGCUAUCCAAAAAUAGCCUCCUCAAGAGGAAAGAAAGACAAAUUGUUAAAAGAAAAAGUAUACCUAGAAGAAGAGGUCGGAGAAUCCUUGAACGGUGGUAACUUAGCUGACCCAGUUGUUUUCGCUAACGCUUCGCGUUUUGAAGUGCUCUUUUCCAGUUAUUCGUGUUCUGAGGAUGAGGCCGGUGAGCUAGAUGAGGAAAGGCAUGCAUUUGGAGUGGCUUCCCAUAAAGGGCCAACUGGGCAGCAAAAUCUGUCACUUAAGCAAGGUGGAUCAAUCGAACUUUCCAAACAGAAGCGAACUAUGUCCCUU